AUAAUAGGCGAGAGAAAGACGGAAGCCCGGGGUAUUAGCUCGUACUUUGGACCGUGCGGGACAAGCUUAAGUUCGAAUAAACCGCGGGCGGCUCGCUCAGUGCCGCUCUGACGACGCAUCGCAGCGCAUUCGUUCAACUAUCCAGCUCCAGACACGCUGCACGCCUACACUCUACGUUCAUUCAGUAUUCUCCUAUUGAACACUUGGGAAGCCGAGAGAGGAACGCGAUUUUGCGCAUAACAGUCAUCAUGGGUCUUUAGCCGGCUCGAUAUUUCACAGACGCGUAUACAUACAGAAAGAAAGACAGAGGCAGAAGAGUGAUACAUACGUAUACGUGCGAACACGUGAAGUAGUUGCUUGAAAAAGCACGUGGUCAGUUAAAACGGCGCACACGGCUGAAGAAAGGAUAUCGUUGCAUUACUUUUCUCGACUAUCCGUUGAUAAUAACACAACGACGAUGACAGAGUCCAGGAGCUACUCGUCCAACGGCAGUAUGAUCGUCGUGAGCAACAGGUUGCCCUUCGUCUUGAAGAGGAAUGAGACUUCGGGGAAGCUCGAGCGCAAGGCCAGCGCCGGUGGCCUUGUCACCGCGGUCGCACCAGUGGUGAUAAACGGAAAUGGAGUCUGGGUCGGAUGGCCAGGAAUGCACAUGGAGAACCGGAACGAGCCGAUCCCGGAAUCCGAUCCGAACGACAGAACGCCCACCGCUGGUCUAUUGUCGAGAAAGGUCGUGGCAGUGCACGUGGAGCCGACAAUCUUCGACUCGUAUUACAAUGGCUGCUGCAACGGCACUUUCUGGCCACUAUUCCACUCGAUGCCCGACAGAGCCACUUUUAUCGCCGACCACUGGAAGGCUUACAGCGCCGUUAACGAGGAGUUUGCCGCGAAAACGGUCGGAGCUUUGGAACAGAUCCACAAGGAGCAAGCGGGUCAGGGCAACGGCACACCCCUGGUCUGGGUGCACGACUAUCACCUCAUGCUGGCCGCCAACUGGAUCAGACAAGCCGCCGACGAGAAGAACCUAAAGCUCAAGCUUGGUUUCUUCCUUCAUAUUCCAUUCCCUCCAUGGGACAUCUUCAGACUCUUCCCCUGGGCCGACGAGAUCCUCCAGGGAAUGCUAGGAUGCGACAUGGUGGGCUUCCACAUCCAAGACUACUGCCUGAACUUCGUAGACUGCUGUCAGCGCAGCUUGGGCUGCAGAGUCGACCGCAAGAACCUGCUGGUCGAGCACGGCGGUCGUACCGUCAGGGUGAGACCUUUGCCAAUCGGUAUACCCUUCGAUCGUUUCGUCUCGCUGGCCGAGACCGCGCCGAAGGUUAUGCUGACCAAUCAAAAGAUCAUCCUUGGCGUCGACCGACUUGACUACACCAAGGGACUUGUGCACAGACUCAAGGCCUUCGAGAUGCUGCUGGAGAAGCAUCCGGAACACCGGGAACAGGUGACGAUGCUGCAAAUCGCCGUGCCAUCUCGUACGGACGUCCGCGAGUACCAGGAUCUGAAGCUCGAAAUGGAUCAGCUGAUCGGCAGCAUAAACGGCCGCUUUACCACACCCAAUUGGUCGCCCAUACGCUAUAUUUACGGCUGUGUCAGUCAAGACGAGUUGGCUGCUUUUUACAGAGAUGCCGCCGUGGCUCUAGUGACUCCGCUCAGAGAUGGCAUGAACCUCGUGGCUAAGGAGUUCGUCGCCUGCCAGAUCAACACUCCUCCUGGUGUGCUUAUCGUUUCUCCCUUCGCCGGUGCUGGAGAGAUGAUGCACGAGGCACUCAUUUGUAACCCAUACGAGAUCGACGAGGCUGCUGAAGUCAUUCACAGAGCGUUGACUAUGCCAGAGGACGAGCGCACGCUGAGAAUGAACCACUUGCGCCGUCGCGAGAAGGCCUACGAUGUGAACCAUUGGAUGAAAUCGUUCUUGCAGGUGAUGGGCUCGCUCGAGGAGCGUGAUUCCGUUGGUGCUACGGUCAUGCAGCCGGUGACAAUGGACGACUUCGACGAUUACUUGAGCAAGUACAUUGGUGAGAAUCACAAGCUGGCACUGCUUCUGGAUUACGAUGGUACCUUGGCCCCGAUCGCAACCCAUCCAGACCUCGCGACCCUACCACUCGAGACGAAGAACGUGCUGCAGAGGCUGUCCAAUCUUCCAGACGUCUACAUCGCCAUCAUCUCCGGAAGAAACGUCAACAACGUCAAAUCCAUGGUUGGAAUCAAUGGUAUCACCUACGCUGGUAACCACGGACUGGAAAUUCUGCAUCCAGACGGCAGCAAAUUCGUUCAUCCGAUGCCUGCGGUGUUCGAGAGCAAGGUCGCUAGUCUCAUGCAAGCCCUUCAGGAUCAGCUGUGCAAAGACGGCGCCUGGGUAGAGAAUAAGGGAGCUCUGCUGACUUUCCAUUACCGCGAAACGCCGAUGGAACGUCGCCCAUCGAUGAUCGAACACGCAAAGAAGUUGAUAGAAGACGCUGGUUUCAAGGCAUGUUCAGCGCAUUGCGCCAUCGAGGCCAAACCACCGGUAGAAUGGAACAAAGGUCGCGCCUCUAUUUACAUCUUGCGCACAGCUUUCGGCCUCGACUGGAGCGAGAGGAUCAGGAUCAUCUAUGCUGGUGACGAUGCGACAGAUGAGGACGCCAUGAAGGCUCUGAAAGGUAUGGCUGCGACAUUCCGCGUUGCCUCAUCGCACAUAAUUCGUACAUCAGCAGAACGCCGUCUGCCCAGCACCGACUCCGUCCUCACGAUGCUUAAGUGGGUUGAGAGACACCUAAGCCGCAGAAAGCCUCGCAACAACAAUGACGUAUCAUCCAAGUUCCGUCGCGGACACUCCGGCAUUACCAUGGAAAUGUCCUUUACGCAGCCCUCGGCGUAACGAAAACGGUUGCGAUCCGAGUCACCUAGGUAAACGAAUCCUUUUCGUCCUCGUUCCUUUUUUCCUCUCCCUUCGUCCUCUGCUCGUAUUUGUCAACUCUAUAUUUUGUUUAAAUUAGAAGUAUCUACUGUAGCACCGUAGGGAUUAAGUAUAAGAAUAUGUACGUUGUAAGUAAAUUAAAAGGGUAACUAAUAGUUCAAGUCGAGCGCGAUACCAAAAAAUUCAAAUAACGAUGUUAAGGAGACCAAAAAUGUGAAGGAAUAGAGACUGCGCUGCUUCUGGGAUUUGCUAUGAAAAUAAGCAUCGGGAAUCGGGAGUUUUAUUCGAUUGUAACAACUUGCGAUCACUGUUUUAUACAGCUUGAAUUUAUGUAGUUUCACGUGUCUUAUGAAAUCACCCGAAGCCGUAACUGGUUCCCGACUGAAAUAUCCAUUAAGUGUCACUUCUAAAGCUCAUUGCAUGGAUGUUUUUGGUAGCGUUUUUAAAUUUGUUUGCCGCGCGUGUAGCCAUUGUAAUUCGAGAAGGGAGUAAGAGCCUCCAUUUUCAAUUAUCUAUCAAUUCGACGAGAAAACGAAGGAAAACUUACGAAAACACGAGCUUAGAAUUGUGAAAUGAAAAAAUCUUUUGAAUAUACACGGGGAUUUUUACCCAUUUAAUUCCUUUGCGCGAGCUCCAGAGAGCCAUUAAUUUCAUUAUACGCGAACAAAAAAAGUAAACUUAAUUUAUCGAAAGUAGUACUUAGAUAUUUAGUGUUAAAGUUAAGUCGCUCAAAGGCUGGAAGGCUGAUAGUGAGCAGUAUCGGCUUAAGCAGCCGUCUGUUUUUUUUUAAUUUUAAAACAAUAUUGUUUGUUGAUAAGAUGCGCGCCGAAAAUCCUGUCUAACUGUUGUAGUCUCUCGGUUACAAGCGCUGCGUCGUCAGAUUAUAUAUUUUAUUUCGUUAGCAUUUUUUAAAUUAUGCCAUCUAUUUGCAAAGACUGCAAAGUGUUAUUUUUUUCGUUCGUCCUUAUCUCCGAAAAUAAAUGUGAAGUAUACGCAGUGCCAAUGCGAUUUCUCGCUUUGCAUCUUAGCUGUAAAAAAAGUUUUGUAUUUUCUCGUAAAAAUACAAACUAAAUUUUCAUUAAUAUUCUUUGUAAGCUCUAUUAACGUAAUUUUACACUGCGCAUGGCGAAAGUUUUUCAUACAUUUGAAAAGGAAAGUACCCUCAUUCCGAAAAUUAUUGCGAUGGUGAGGAGUAAUUCGAACUUGAGGGCGAGCAUAUUUUAGCAUAUAACGAUGCGUAGAAAAAUAGUUUUAAAAGCAAAAUGUAAGGCAUCGAUCGAAAAAGUCGAUCGUACGCAACUAUAUAUAUAUAUAUUUGAGAAAAAUUGCUCAAUCAAUUCUAAACGUUAUAUCGAUCUUUACCGUUUUAUACAAGAAAAUUUUUCUCUGAAAAUUUGUAAUCGAAUUAAAUAUGUAAACGUAUAAUAUCAAUUUUAAAAACAAUUGCGAAUACCAAACAAAUCCAUCGACUGAAUCUAUAUACUGUACGUAUCGGCUUUUCUCAAUGAUGUAUGUAUAUAAUACCUUUUAACGCGCAAAAUAUGUAACCUUAUAUGAAUGCGCACUAUUUUUCUUAUGUGUAUCUGUGUAUACACGUCGUCGGGUUUUUGCUUGCAUUCAAUACUACAUGUGCACGAAAGAAUAAGAAGAAAAAUGAUCGCGCAAGCGCAACCUAAUAUUAUAUACAUGAACUAAACAAAAGAGUGAUCUGUAUUUUUUUAUAUAUAAUAAUCGAAAUUCGUCACCGGAACCCUUUAUUCGUCCGACGUAAACAUGUUACGAUUAUAUAUUAUUAUAUUUUUUUAGCAUAAAGAAAAGGUGGAAAUGUUCCCCCAUUAAACAAGUUGUUCUGAUGUUUAUGUAUACAUGUUCUUUCCUCAUUCCCGUAAAUUUCGCUAAUACUUACAUAAAUUAAAACGAAAAAAAAUUCUACAACACAAUUUUUCGAAAAUGUACAAAGAUGAAAGACUAAUUUACGAUUGUUUUCCAAAUAUUUAUUUCCUAUUUCACUUCAAACGGUGCACGCAAAGUAGGGUUUCUUAUGUAUAUUGUGAAAUAAAACCUUUUAUAUAAAGUGUUUUCGGACGGAUUUUGGCGUACGAAGAUUAAUUAAAAACGCCCCUUUUCGCUAAUCCGAUCUGUCAUGCGCGUUGAUAUACUCAAGAGUCCUAAGACUACGUUGUUAUGUAAUGUUUAACGAUAGACGUUUCGUAAUUUGCUAGGAUGUUUUUUCUGAAAAAC